AAGUGCAGAAAACAUCAAUAUAACCUCAAAUAUUUAAAAAGUCAGUUAUACGAUAGAAUCGAAAUAGAAUCAAACUUUUUAACAAUUAAAAAUGAAAUUUAGAGGCGUAAUAUCUGAAGCAACUGCUCUACGUGAUUUUAUGAAUAUUGGAGUAGGCAUAACUAAACUAUCAAAACACUGUAUCAUAAGAAUUACAAGUUCAAAAGUAUUCUUCAUAGCUUCAGAAGAUGAUUCUGGUACAACACACCCUUACAUUUGGUGUGUUCUACCAGUCAACUAUUACUUUAGAGAGUUUGAAUUUGCUGGCAUGACUGAAGAACAGAAUGAAAUAUAUCUUGAGUUUGCUUCGGAGCAUUUUGCACAAGCACUGUCCACCUUAAAACAAAAUGGCAAACUAUUGAAAAUAAAAUUGGCCAAUAAACAAAUGCCAUGUUUAUCAUUUAUAAUUGAGCAGGUAACUGAAGAUAGUAUUUUAAGUAGAGAAUGUGUCCAUGAUAUUCCUAUUGAUGUGAUAUCUAGAAAACAUUGGAGUGAUUACAAGGAACCAGAGUUUAUUGAUUUUCAUGUGUCUAUCCAUCUACCAAACUUGAAAUCAAUCAAAAAGAUUGUUGAUAGAAUGAAGAAUGUUAACAAUAGUUUGGUUGUGAUGGCAAAUAAAACAGGAAGGUUAACAUUAAAAGUUAAAUCUGAUACUGUUACAGUCUCAGCACACUUUACUGAUUUGAUGAUUGAAUCUUUUGAUGUUGGAAGUAUGGCAACUGUGAUGGAUGACACGCAAUACGAAUACAUAUCAGCGACAAUAGACGCUCGUAAGUUCAUGCAUUUUCUCACAGGAAUGCAGUUAACUAACUGCAGAACAAAAUGCAGUAUAGUACAAUCUCAAAUGGUCAAACUACAUAUUGAACAGACCUCAGCUGUGUCAGUUGAAUGCUUUUUAAUGGAAUAUAAUUCAUGAAGUUAAUAAAUAAUAAUAAAUUAAUAAAA